AUGAGCCAUGGUGCAGCAAGGUGCUACUCAGCAAAAGUCAAGGACGAACUGAAAAAAAUAAUCAUAGAAGAAGGGGAGGACAUGGGGAGUCAGUUGCCAAUCGUUAUUGCACGAGGUAUGACAGGCGAGUUCCGAGGAUUUGAUCCGAAGAAAAGGAAUGAGUAUAUCUACGAAGUUGUGGCCGGCCAACACAUCGUUACCGCCAAGAAGGAAAUCAACAAGGAGACAGUUGUGGGCAAAGAUACUUGUAUGUGUGCAGUGUAUAUGGGCGUCACAGAAAAGGAAAAAAUGGACUUGGCACUGCACAACGCCACGCUGCAAGCGGUUCCUUACAAUGUCCUGGAUGUGGACGAAAAGAAACAUCGAGUUUUAAAACAUCUGGUGCGAAUGGGAUCUGAGGUUGUUAAGGCAUUUCUGGACGUGGCUCGAACCAUGGAGAAUGAUGAUCGAGGAAGUGUUGAGAAGAAGCUGCAUCAUCUGCGAGGACUUCUGGGAAAUCAUAAUCUCACCACCACUGACUUCCUGGACAACCUACAGUUCGUGAAGGAUGGAGUUUGUGGCUUUGCCGAAUUACGACAGAAGCUUGAGCUUGCGGUAAGAAUGAAGACGCUGAGAACUUCGUUUGCGAGUAUUGCCAAUGAGGAUGAGGAUGUCAUUGUUCGUGCAUACUCGGAGUGUGUAUCUAACGAUGCUCUCAGGCCAUUUCUGAAGAUGAAGCAAGCAGAAAGCAGCAAGGAAUGGAAUAAUUACGUGCAGGUUUGCUUAGAAUGUCACGGAACCAAAUUAAUCCAAACAUCAGAAAAGAUGGAGCUGAAAAGCAUUCCAGAAACCCCGAUGGAGGUGAAAGAGGGCUCCAUUCACCGCCCUUUCUGUGCGGCGAUACUCUCCAUCCAGGUCAUUCAUGUCAAUCGAUGUCUGCUGGGGAUUCUUAACCAUCAAGGCCGCAACGGGGGAGAGAAGGGAAUACCCAUAGCCUUUGUGACGGACAGUCUUUGCGAGGCAGCUAAGACUGAGCUGGCGCUUCAGGAACACAAUCUGAAAACACAGUCAGCAGUGCUAAGCAAGGCCAGGAGUAAAGGACCCCUUUUCGUGCAAGCCCACAGGUAUUGCGUCAUUGGCAGCAGCUCAGAGGUUCCUUUAUCUACGUCAAUCGUCAGUCUGAAGGAACUCUUGGAUAGCUUCGGAAAGCCAAAUCAAUGGAUUCUAUCCAAUGUGGAGCAUUUGAAGGAUUUGGACGUCUCGAAGUCUAUGAAAAUAUUAUCACCUGUCGAUUUGGAUGUUACGUUGGAGGAAGAGAUGGAAAAAUGCACUAGCAAUGUUCAAGAGGAUCCUUUAAAGAACCCUGAACAGGGAGAGCACAACUCUAGUGGAAAUGACAAUUUUGAACUAGAGACUGAAAGUCCAGUUGGUGACAAAAUAUUUGAGGAGUACCUGAAGAACGAAGACACCAACAUAUUUGGACAUGAAUACAUCGAUCUAUGGACUUCAUCGCUCCUCUCCUUCCCCGGUAUCAAUAUGGAAACAAUAGAACACACCGUGGUCGCAGAUGAAUGUGGGCCUGGGCGCACUUACAGUGACAGAGAUCUAUCAUCUGACGAUUAA